CCACUCAAAUCCCGUCUCUGUGUUCCUCAAAUUCUCUAUCUUUCUCUGAUUUCAUCUUAAGGGUUCCUCAAAGUUUCAAUCUUUCUCUCUGAAUCUAAACCAUGGCUCGUUGUAGCAACAAUCUCGUAGGGAUACUAAAUUUCCUUGUCUUUCUUCUCUCAAUCCCAAUCUUAGCUGGUGGAAUCUGGCUAAGCCAAAAAGGGUCAACAGAGUGUGAAAGAUUCCUAGACAAACCAGUGAUUGCUCUUGGUGUUUUCCUUAUGGUUGUAGCAAUAGCUGGUUUAAUAGGAGCUGGUGAAGCUAUUGAAGGAAAAGGUUAUAAAGAGUAUAGACUUGGUGAUUACUCUACUUGGUUACAGAAACGUGUUGAGAAUGGAAAAAAUUGGAAUAAGAUUAGAAGUUGUCUUGUUGAGAGCAAAGUUUGUUCUAAGCUUGAAGCUAAGUUUGUUAAUGUUCCUGUCAAUAGUUUCUACAAAGAACAUCUUACUGCUCUUCAGUCUGGUUGCUGCAAACCUUCAGAUGAAUGUGGUUUUGAGUAUGUAAACCCCAUAACUUGGAACAAGAACACAACGGGAACACACAACAAUCCCGACUGCCAAACAUGGGACAACGCGAAAGAAAAGCUCUGCUUCGACUGUCAAUCUUGCAAAGCGGGUCUACUCGACAACGUCAAAAGCGCUUGGAAGAAAGUUGCAAUCGUCAACAUCAUCUUCCUUGUCUUCCUCAUCAUUGUCUACUCUGUUGGUUGCUGUGCUUUCAGGAACAACAAGAGGGAUGAUAGUUAUACCCGUACCCACGGAUAUAAGCCUUGAACAUAGUUUAACCGGUUUUAGGACAGAGAUUCGUUGAUCGGUUUAUACAUUAUGGAGUUUGCUUUUUAUGUUUGAUGGUUUUUAUUUUGGUGUUUUGUUGAGACAUAUUGCUUGUACAGCUCACUUAUUAUCAGUGUGUUCUGCCUUUUGGGCUAAACCUUGAUAUUGAUUUAUUAUAUGCUUUUAUUAGUUCAUUGUUUCUCUUUAUACAUAUCAUUUUCUUUUGAUCUUCUAAGGAACAGAGAAGCAACAAAAAAUUUGUUUAGGC